AUGAAUGAAAGUGAACAGGAGCCAGAUGAGGAUGAUGAUCAUAUCACUGCUGGUGGUCGUAAAAAACAUGUGGAUGACUGGAAUUUCAAAAAUUAUGAACCCAACCCAUUCCCUAAAUUGAAUGGAAUAAGGGUAGGAUGGGGACCACGCGACGACGGGGUAACGUAUCCUGAGAUACGCAAUCUGGCUUCCCUCCCAAGGUCACUGGCUCAUCUCGACUUAAACGCCUAUAUAAAUGGGGACAAAUUACGCCUAAUUUUGAGGCGGCAUGCGCCCACGCUCAGCACUUUGGACUACGGUUUUUUAGAAAAUUGGGACGCAUUCAACUCCCUGCGCUUUCCCCUCCUGACAAAAUUGGAUGUGGAAAUUUGGAAGGAAUUCUCCAAAUUUGGCGUCAUCUUUCUAGGUGGACCUCAAGCUUUCCACCGAACUUUUCCUUCGCUCUCCACCCUCGGAGUAUUUACUUCCUUUGAGAAACCCGAAAUUUGGGGGUAUAUUUUUCCGAGGGCGAAUUCUUCCGGGGAACGGUUGGAAUUUCGGCAGAUAAAAGUUUUAAAUAUUUCGCUCAAAGUGGAUGAUAAGCAAGAAGAUAACCACUGCUUGUCCCAACCCGAACUGUCCAGAAUUUUGGCCGUUUUUCCAUCUCUGCACACGCUACGACACAUCCGAAAGAGAACGUCCGACGGGGUUUUGUUCGUUUGUAGGCAUGUUCGAAGUAAUGUCGUGUGGUCAACGGCAGCCAAAACGUGGCGUGGUCGGGGUGGUCAAGAAUUUGUGAAUGAGAAUAAAAAACCAUUAACGAGGUUUUUUGAGCCACGUUUGAGGUACUUAUUAUUGAAGUCGCAUGAAUCUCAUGGUUUUGUCUGGUACUGAAAAUAAAUAACGUUCCAUUGUAUGCGUGUUUUUUGAGACACAAAUUUUUGUGUCUCAACUUUCCCUUCUUCAAAUGGUGAUUUUGAAAUGUGUUCAUGUCCGUACGUUUUUUAAAAAAUGGAGAUUUUAUGGAGGUUAGAGUUUUGAUUUUUUUCUUCAAUGAGAAAAUAUUCAAUCUUUUUCUUAGAUGAGGCUAUAGUUACUGCAGCAAAAAAAUCAUCUAAGUAAGCAAUCACUACGGUUCUGAAAAGCUUAAUUUUUUCAGAUCUAGGUCAAUUUCCAUCCGAUUUUAAUGAAAUUAGUGUCCAGAGUCAAUUAUGGCAAAUUAGAAUUGAACUGUCGACCAGGAGGCUGGAAUAGUGCCCUGUUCCUGAGAUAUGCAGGAAAAACACCAUCGAAAAUGUGUUUUAUUGAGAUUAGAAAAAAAUGAAGGCCUUCAUGCUAAAUGUAAAUGAGCAGAAAGUUGAUACAUAUUUUUUAUAAAAAUACAAAAUUAAAAUCCCGAAAAUCAGUUUAAAACUGAGAAAAUUUUGAUGGUGGUCAAAAUAUUGCCUCUCCCACCACCACCAAGUUUAGUUGCUAAGGCCCACCACUCAGCAAUGUGAUAAUUACGAAUAAUAAAAGGGUACCCAUUUAUAAGAUCGUUAUGUGCUUCUGUCCGUCGGUUCGAUAAUUGUUAAUUAUUCGUAACGGAUUUUGAACAUGAAUACAAGACCAGUUUGACAUGCAACACCCCAGGAAUCGUGUAGAGGAGGUCAACGGUCACAUAUGUCGGAACUAUAAUUAUAUAAUUGCCUUUCCCAACAUAUGUAGUUUUGAUGUUUGACCUCGUCCUCACGGUCAUAAGGCCAAAAAUAUUGCCGGUGUUGAAUUCGGGGUGAAAUGUCCUUUAAAAUGACACCCAAUAUGAAAAUUAAGGUUAAGCUUAAUUUUGGACCACAGCCUCUAGCGCUGUGGGGAGCGGUCCCAUUAACCCUAUUAUCGAACUCGACCGAGAUUCGUUCUGGAGAUAUCCUGCCCAGAGACGGACGUACGAACAAAACGAUCGCAAUAUGCAGCUUACACUACUUAAUAAAUUACUUUCAAUUGCGAAUAAAACUAUUAAAUAAAAGAAACCCAAAAAAGGAAAGCUUAGAUGA